AUGGCAGAAUCCGACAUCCAAACCCGCUUCUCCCCCAACUCCCCCCUCGAACCAGACAUCAUAACCGAAAUCCAGUCCAUCUUGCGCCUGCACGACCUCUCCGUUGAUGACCUCUUCUUCAAAUGGGAAUCCUACUGCAUAAAGAUGGAUUUGGACGCGCAAGCCGGCCUGUCGCUUGCCAGAAUACGAAAUUUAAAGCAGAGCAUACAGGAUGAGCUGGAAAAGAGCCACCGCGCCACUCAGGUGCGCAACGAGCGCAAGGUGUUGAAUGCCACACCCAAAGCGAGUUCGGGCGGCGACGUGUUUGGCAUGUUGGAUGGGUUGGUGCCCAGCACGCCAGCGACGGGGAGGUUGAAUCGUAGCGGUGGCGUGGGAGGGAGUGCCUUGAAGAAGAGGAUGGACGGCUUGAGAGUGGGCAGUUCGCCGGCGGGAAUGGGAGAUCAGUUAAAGGCUAUGAAUGGGCUGCCGUAUGUAUUCUUCAUUUUGCAUGUUUGGUUUCGUGCUGAUUUUGAUGACAGGACCACUUCGUUUGCGGACCGUUUGAACCCAGGAGAUGUCGUCGAGGUGCUGAAUGGCCAUCUUCAACCCGCUGAAGCACCCAUUGCGCCGUUCGCCGAGCCGAGAAUCAAACUGACUGCUGCGUCAGAUGUGAAGAAGAUGGCGUACAAGCCGCUGGCUAUGAAGCUCUCCGACGCAAGUGAGAUUCUAGACGACCGCAUCGACGAGUUCAUCACGGUUGUACAGGACCACCACAAGCUAGAAGACUCGGCGUUUGGAAGCGCCGCCAGCCAAAGCACCACCGAGGUCGUCGCAGUGGGCAGAAUCGCCUCCGACUCGAUGGAGGGCAGACUCAACACUGCAUCCCUCGUGCUGGAAACAUCCCGCCGGACAGGAAUGGGCCUCCGCGUGCCUCUGAGGAUGGACAAGAUCCGCGCAUGGAGCUUCUUCCCGGGACAAAUCGUCGCGCUGCGCGGCCACAACGCCACGGGCAACGAGUUCGUCGUCCACGAAAUCCUCGAGAUCCCUCUCCUCCCCAAUGCGGCCUCGACGGCCUCUGCCCUCGAGGCCCACCGCGCAAAGUUCAGGGGCCACGCCGACGCCAUGGACUCGGAUGCGGAGCCCGCGCCGCUGACCAUCAUGUACGCGUCGGGCCCGUACACGGCCGACGAUAAUCUCGACUACGAGCCGCUCCACGCGCUCUGCUCCCAGGCAGCCGAUUCCUAUGCCGACGCGCUGGUCCUCGCGGGGCCGUUUCUCGACAUUGACCACCCGCUCAUCGCAACGGGCGACAUUGACCUCCCCGAGGAGGCUGUCCAGGACCCGGACACGGCCACCCUGAUCACCGUCUUCAAGUACCUCUUCGCGCCGGCCCUCGUCCGCGCGUGCUCUGCAAACCCGCACCUCAGCGUCAUUCUCAUCCCUUCCGUGCGGGAUGUCCUCGACAAGCACGUCUCCUGGCCGCAGGACGCCGUGCUCCGUAGGGAACUGGAUCUGCCAAAGUCAGUCAAGAUUGUGUCCAACCCCAUGACGCUGUCCAUGAACGAAAUGGUCAUGGGUGUCUCGUCACAGGAUAUUCUGUACGAGCUGAGGAGCGAGGAGCUGGCCAAGACGAGCGGCGACCUGAUGACCAGGCUGGUCCGGUAUCUGGUUGAGCAGAGGCACUACUUCCCACUGUUCCCGGCCGCCGAGAGGACGCGGCUGCCCAAGACGGGGACUGAGGAGGGCCUUGCGACCGGCGCCGUCUUGGAUAUCGGAUACCUGAAGUUGGGGGAGAUGGUCAAUGUCAGGCCGGAUGUUAUGCUGGUUCCUAGUUGCCUGCCGCCGUUUGCCAAGAGCGGGGAGAAAGAUUAA